AUUUUUCCUUAAAAAGGAUAUAAAGCAUUCUCAAAAUCUCUCAAUCGUCGACCCCAAAAUCACGCAAGAAAUUUUAAACAACGGAGCAGAACCCUAGAAAAAGCUGUCUCAUCUCAUUUCUUUGAACACCAACUCACAGUCACAGACCCUUUGAGCUCACUACUUUUGUGUGAGAUAGAUAAUGGCUUCUUCGUCCUCUCAACCCAUGAAAAUGGUAUCAAAUGCCUUUCCUCAGCCUCAGCCUCAGCUCUCAGUUCAGCAUCAGCCUCAGCCACAGCUUCCCUCUCAACCUCAGCUUCGGCCUCCGCCUCCCUCUACUUCUGCGCGCCGUUUAGACCCCCCCUUGAUGUACAAGAACCGUCUACAGGAAUACACACAAAGGUCAGCCAUUCCGCAGCCAUUAUAUCAAACUAUGAGUGAAGAACCACCAAAUGCACGAAGGUUUAGGUCAACAGUGGAAGUGGAUGGAGCGACCUAUACCUCUCCAAACACUUUUUUACAUAAAAAAGCAGCCGAACAGGACGUUGCCAAAAUUGCACUAGAACACAUAUCAAAGAGGAUAAGGGAUGAAGGAUGUCCUCUCAUUCAUGAGGAUACGGUAUUUUGCAAGGCUAUACUUAACGAGUUUGCUCUCAAGAUGAAUCUGGAUAAGCCUACGUUCAAUACAGUUCAGCCAGAAGGGUUGCUACCAGUUUUCAUAUCUUCUACGGUUUUUAAUGGUGUAUGCUAUACUGGUACCCAUGGUCGGAACAAGAAAGAAGCUGAACAAUUGGCAGCGCGCGCUGUUAUUGUAUCUCUUUUGGGAAAUUCUGGGUCAGGAACCAUUCUUACUGAGAUAAUAAAGUCUAAAGAAAAACUCUAUGCUGCAUUGCAUAAAGUGAAAAGUGUAAGCCAUGCCACUAUUAGUGCCAUACCCCAGAGUGUUGAAGUGCAAGUUGCAAGUCCAGGGGCCUCCUCAGGAACGCAAGUCAUCCAUGAACUGAAAAUACCAAAACCUGAACCAUCAACACAACUGAUCAGUGCACAAACCUCAUCUCAAGCAGUCAAUCUUCCAAUUGAAUUUGUGCCUGCUGUUUUACCAGAACCUUCAGGUGUAGGUCCAAGUUCCUCAAAGAAGCGCCGCAAGAAUAAGAACAAAGCUAACAAGAAAUUGCGGUCUGACACUCAGUUCUCAAUUGCCGAAAUGCCAGUAGCUCAAGCCCCAAUGACUCAAGCCCCACCUUGUUCGGUAGGCUUGACGAAUGAAGUGGCUCAUUUGUGAUGUGUCUUUUGUGUAUUUAGUUUAGCCUGUUGUGUAUGUAUUUAGUUUAGGGCUUUAGGCUGACUCAAAACUCUCAUCUUGGGUUUUUUUAAGACAUUAAUAAUUCCUCCUUGUUUUUGUCCGAGUGUUAUUAAGAAUGACAAAACUUAGGUAUAAUACCUUAGGUGCUGUUUCUUA